GGGCUCGAGCAGAGGCUGCAAGACAGAGAGGGAGUGGGGAAAGCAAAGGAAAGCGAAGAAAAAUUUCGUCACUGCUUCUUCCCCUCAGUUUCCCUCUUCAUUCGUGCUUUCUCUCGCUAGAUUUCUCGGCAGUGAUUACUUCUUAGUCCCAACUGUUAUCAACCACAGAGACUGGAGCCGGAGAAGAAAAGGAUUAUCUAUGGAGGGAGGCGCAGAAAGAGGUUUGGAAUGCCCGAAGACUAUGGAUGGGAGGGAGAGUAACGGGAAUGGUUCAGAGAAGGUGAUCCCUUCUUGUUGCUUGAAGGCUAGGGCCUCCGCCCCCGAGCUUGAUGUGAAAUGCCACUCCACUGUUGUUUCAGGGUGGUUUUCGGAGUUCAAAACUUUUGCCGCAAAUGAAGCUGGCAAAGAGGUUUACUUCAACAACCCAAUGUGGCCAGGGGAAGCACAUUCUCUGAAAGUAGAGAAGAUAUUGUACAAGGAAAAGUCGGAAUAUCAGGAGGUUCUGGUUUUUCAGUCCUCGGCAUAUGGUAAGGUGCUGGUUCUAGAUGGCAUCGUACAACUGACUGAGAAAGAUGAAUGUGCCUACCAAGAGAUGAUUACACAUCUUCCGCUGUGUUCAAUACCAUCCCCGAAGAAGGUGCUAGUUGUUGGUGGAGGUGAUGGUGGGGUACUGAGAGAAGUUUCUCGGCAUAGCUCCGUGGAGCUUAUUGAUAUCUGUGAGAUAGAUCAAUUGGUUAUUGAUGUGUCUAAGAAAUUUUUUCCAGAGUUAGCUGUUGGAUUUGAGGAUCCCCGGGUUCACCUGCAUGUUGGUGAUGCCGUGGAAUUUCUUCGGAGAGCUCCUGAAGGCAAGUAUGAUGCAAUCAUUGUUGAUUCAUCGGACCCUGUGGGUCCUGCUCAGGAGCUGGUGGAGAAGCCAUUUUUUGAGACCAUAGCAAGAGCAUUGCGACAGGGUGGUGUUCUAUGCAACAUGGCAGAAAGCAUGUGGCUUCACACGCAUCUUAUAGAAGCCAUGAUCUCUAUCUGUCGUGAAACAUUUAAAGGAUCUGUCCACUAUGCAUGGGCAAGCGUUCCUACAUAUCCAAGUGGAGUGAUUGGAUUUCUGUUAUGCUCUACAGAGGGCCCACCUGUUGAUUUCAUUCAUCCUGUCAACCCUAUCGAGAAGUUAGAAGGAGCGACAAAGCAUAAAAGAGAACUUCGGUUUUACAAUUCCGAGAUGCACUCAGCUGCGUUUGCACUGCCGACAUUUCUGAAGCGGGAGGUGAGCUCACUGCGAGAGAUUCAGAAUCCGGUGCGAUGAAGUUGUGCUCUCUUGUGGGUCGAAGCAGCAACUCUAUUAUUUAGCAGCAGUAUAGGAUUGUCCCAUAUGGGAAAAUGUGAUUAUUGCUGAAUAUUGAAGUAGAGUGAGUCAUGGAGACCUAACUUUGAGGCUCUAGUUGAAUGAUGACUUUUAAUGUACUGUCUCUUGACAAUUUCCAUGCAAAUGAUAUAAACUAUUGUUCGUAUACUUAUGAUCACAAUUGCAAGCACUGUUGUCCGAUCAUCUAUAGAAGUAGAUUUCCGGAGAAUAAAUGACACUCUGGAGCUUCUUGGCCGUUAAAAUUCGAGCUGUUUGUGUGGAUUAGAUAAACAGGUCGGUUUUCAUGCAUGGUUUUCUCAUCCGAUGAGGAUGAGGUCCAGUUUUUUGUACGACCAUACACGGUUUGAUCUCGUUGCUCGCCGUUCACAUUGAUAGUGAACUCGAGCCAAAACUCCAAUCGUGAUCGAUGCAGGCCUCUGUUUUGUUGUAAUGAUGAUACUGUGGGAUUGAGUAAGUUAUACCAUAAUGAUGUUGCUGCUUAACCCAGGAGACGUUGCACCCUAGAUCUACUGUUCUGCCCGAAUGAUGGUGAUGAAAGCAGCGUACAUGGUGUGCAGUCUUCAUGCACUAUAAUUGGCGAAGAA